GGGCCGCACACUCGGGCGGCGGGCGAGGGGGCCAGAGCGCGCGGGCACCGCGGUCGCCGCAGCAUGGGGAAGGGGGGCAACCAGGGCGAGGGGGCCGCCGAGCGCGAGGCGCCCCUGCAGACCUUCUGCUGGGAGGAGAUCCAGAAGCACAACCUGCGCACCGACAAGUGGCUCGUCAUCGACCGCAAGGUCUACAACAUCACCAAAUGGUCCAGCCGGCACCCGGGGGGCCACCGGGUCAUCGGGCACUACGCGGGGGAAGACGCCACGGAUGCCUUCCACGCCUUCCACCGUGACCUUGAUUUCGUGCGAAAGUUCAUGAAGCCUCUGCUGAUCGGAGAGCUGGCCCCGGAGGAGCCCAGCCAGGACCAUGGCAAGAACUCCCAGAUCACCGAGGACUUCCGGGCCCUGAGGAAGACUGCCGAGGACAUGAACCUGUUCAAGAGUGACCACCUGUUCUUUCUCCUCCUCCUGGCCCACAUCAUCGUCAUGGAGAGCAUCGCCUGGUUCAUCAUCUUUUACUUUGGCAAUGGCUGGAUUUCAACCGUCAUCACGGCCUUUGUCCUUGCUACCUCUCAGGCCCAAGCUGGAUGGCUGCAACACGAUUAUGGCCACCUCUCUGUCUACAAGAAGUCCAUGUGGAACCACGUUGUCCACAAGUUCAUCAUUGGCCACUUAAAGGGUGCCUCUGCCAACUGGUGGAAUCACCGCCACUUCCAGCAUCAUGCCAAGCCCAACAUCUUCCACAAGGAUCCAGAUGUGAACAUGCUGCAUGUGUUCGUUCUGGGUGAAUGGCAGCCCAUUGAGUACGGCAAGAAGAAGCUCAAAUACCUGCCUUACAACCACCAGCACGAAUACUUCUUCCUGAUCGGGCCGCCGCUGCUCAUCCCUGUGUACUUCCAGUACCAGAUCAUCAUGACCAUGAUCGUACGCAGAGACUGGGUGGACUUGGCCUGGGCCAUGAGCUACUAUGUUCGGUUCUUCAUCACCUACAUCCCUUUCUAUGGCAUCCUGGGGGCCCUCCUUUUCCUCAACUUCAUCAGGUUCCUGGAGAGCCACUGGUUUGUGUGGGUCACACAGAUGAACCACAUCGUCAUGGAGAUUGACCGGGAGCCCUACCGUGACUGGUUCAGCAGCCAGCUGGCGGCCACCUGCAAUGUGGAGCAGUCCUUUUUCAACGACUGGUUCAGCGGGCACCUCAACUUCCAGAUCGAGCACCACCUCUUCCCCACCAUGCCCCGGCACAACUUGCACAAGGUCGCGCCGUUGGUGAAGUCUCUAUGCGCCAAGCAUGGCAUCAAGUACCAGGAGAAGCCACUGCUGAGGGCCCUACAAGACAUCAUCAGGUCCCUGAAGAAGUCUGGGGAGCUGUGGCUGGACGCCUACCUCCACAAAUGAAGCUGCAGCCCCUGGGGCACCCACGGGGAAGGGGGAGCAGGUGGGAGUGCUGGUCACAGGGAGGGGUGGGCUGUAGUUCUGUGGGCUGCCCACGAGGCUGGGGUACAGAUCCCAUCUUUGGUCUUUCUCCCGUUUUCCCUUCUGCUUGCCCUUUGCUUCUCUCCCCGACACCCUUCCUCGCCUUCUCCCAGCCCCUGCCCCUAAGCUUCUGCCAGACCAGAGGUCCACAUAUAUGGCCCGUGAUGCCCCCCUGGUGCCUGGCCUGUAGGCCUCACACCCCCUGGUCUCCCUCCGACGCUCUUGCGGGCCGUGGGGUGGGGCCCUCGUUGGGCAGGGAGGCUCCCUGGCCUGGAGGCCUGCCCGCCCCCCUCGCCCCCCCCACACACAAGGCCCCACCACUGGGUCCCCAGGCUUAGGGAGCCUGUGUGCAGGAUGCACCUGUCUCCUUCCCAGUCCACACCGGGACCGGGGCUCUGGGCCUCUCUGCUGGCACCACUUCUUAUCAGGUGUCCAGGGGCCUGGCCCCGAUCCCAGCUCCCUCUGCUGCAGCGCAUCCAGCUCAGACCCUGGGGGCCUAGGGGAAGUGUCCUCGCCCUCCCGGCACCCUCUGACCAGGGCUCGUGCUGUUCCAUCCUAUCAUCUUCCACGUUUCCCUACUCCACUUCACAGCCUGUGACCUCAGAGCCAAGGGGGCAGUCCUGCAGGUGGACUCAGCCGAGGCCAUGGCCAGGUCAGAGGCUCAGCUGGCCUAAGGGCUCAGCCCUGCCCGCCCCCCACCCCCAACCCCAUUCAGAUGUUUGUUGGGGCUGGGAGACCUAAGAUUCUGGAGAGAUCAGACCCUUCUCCAAAGUGCUCCGUUACCUGCCAGGCAGUACCAACCAUCUCUAGGUGCUUGGCUGAGUGGCCGAGUGGCCAAGUGGCCGAGUGGCCUUGGGCCCUUCAAGCUGCAGGAGCACUUCACACAGCCCCUCCCCGUGUUGGGGUGGCUAAUGUGGACCUGCUCACACUAUCUUCUGCUCUCUUGUGUCUUCUGGUUUUUUAACCUUUUGUUAUAGGGAUACAUUCUGACCGGGGUGGGGGGUGGGAGUGGGGGGGUGGUGAGGCAGGGCUGGGCCUUGUGACAACCUCUUACCACCUGCUCCUCUGGGACCCGAGGUGGGCUGAGCCGGGCUCACUCACUGAGGCCACAGUGGCCCCGACUGUCGGCAGGGGGGCCCACUGGGGCCACUGCUGUCAGGAGGGCAGUGGGGGCACAAGGGGAGGCAGUCCCAGAGGAGGUGACCCUGAGGAUCUGGGGGAUCAGGAGGGAGAUCUGAUGAGGGCCAAGUGAAAACUGCCAACAGGGAGUCGGGCGCUGGAGGCCAGGGGCUGGGGAGUGAGAGGGAGGGAGGGAUCCAGGGCUGCAUUCGGAAAUCUAACCCACUAACCAAUAUUUAGCUUCAGGGGAGGGGAGCAGAAACAAACUCAAGGGGGGGCCUUUGGAGGAAGGGCUGUGGUCCCCCAGCUCUGGCCAGCCACGAGGGACUCAUCCAGUGUGAUGCACCUGUGGGUUGCCACGGCAACAUGGGUUCCCAAGGCCCCCCACUGAGAACCCAGGCCCCAGGAGCUGUCCUUCCCUAGAGACAAGAUGGAUCCAUAGGGCACUGAUGUUAAUUUUUACCAUGUCGCUUCCCCACCCCCACAUUUUUUGGAAAUAAAAGUAAUUUUAUUCUCA